AUGACCGAUGACGAGAUCCUUGCGUUCAAACAGAGGAUUCUCUUGGAUAUUGCAUUCCACAACAUUCACAUAUGUGAAGGUCCCCAAUAUGAGAAAGAAGAUGAAGAGACUCUGGCUGAGAACAAAGAAUUAAUGGUCUUGUCACUUUGUCUCACUUUUGGCUAUGCUAUUUUCUUAAGCCAACAAUAUCCUUCUGGAACAGUAGAAGUUGAUAACAAAGAUCAUUGUGAUUUCUUGAAAUUGAGGCAGAUGCUGAUUCAAACGCACAUGGAAGAGUUAAAAGAACAUACUCUCAAUGUGUUGUAUGAAAAUUAUGGAUCUCAGAAACUUUUGUCUACGGGAGUUACUCAAGAUCAUCCAGUGCUCAAAGAAAUCAAGUCGGAACAAUCUUUACAUGAAGCUCAAUUAUCUAAGAUGGAAUCGGAAAUGAAGAUGGUCUUUCAACAAAAAGUAGCUGAAAAGAAAGAUAAAUUAAAACAAUCAGAAGAAGAACUUUAUGCUAGAUAUUGUGAUAUGAAGGAAGCUCUUGAAAAACAAUGUGAUCAAUUUGCUUAUGUUUUUCUUUGGUAUUUCAAAGGCUUGAAUUGGAAGAUAAGAAAUGUAGACUAG